GCUCAUAACAUCACAUUUGAUUCUAAAUGCUCAUUUUACACAUCCUGCAAAAUCUGAUUUAUCAAAUGAGUUGUAGUAAUACGUGCCCUGCAGGUUCAUAUCAUAACCAGAUGGUGGCAGCACAGCCCUUCUUGUUUAGUGUCACUCAGUUCAUUCCUUGUGGAAACCUGAUUGGAAAAUGUCUUUGUGCCUGCACGCACAUAUAUCAGUGAACCUUGAAAAGUGUUUUGAAACAACGACUUGUUUAUUGCCACCUGUUUUAAAUGAAUUUGUUUGCUCAUUUCAGGCGCUUAGGAGCUCAUCCUUGUCACCACCGGUCAGACUUUCAGCAGCGGGUCUCAACCCCAGGUCGGUUUCAUCUUCUCCAUCACCCAGACCUUCAUCCCACACUGUUUCCGUUCGGCCACCAGUGGGACAGACCGCCCGGAUAGACAGGGGUCACAAGCCGCCCACCCCCUGGGAAGCUGCCUCACGCCACCCACUGGGGCUCGUGGAUGAAGCCUUUACAUUUCUGGACAUUCAGCAGUCCAUUGCCUCCAACCUGCGCUAUGCCGCUAAGAGUAAGCUCUUACCCGAGCCUCCGGCCGAGUGGAAGGCAAAGGUCGCGUAUGAACCUCCGCCAAAAAACCAAAAAGACCGUUUAAGUCAAUCACCUCUGACUUUUCUGUCCCCAACCAAGAGCACAGCGUCGGCACCAGCUGGUCCCAUCCCAUACGGGUCACCCUUGAGACAACCCCAAAGGUCAAUGACAGAGGCUAAUCUUGGGCCUUCACCGGCCGAUCCGAAAGAAAUGGGGCCUCAAAGACUGAGACUCUAUAAAGCCAAAGAUAGCAGUACUUGGAGACGUUGAAGGAGAGCCGGGAAGCGCUUUAUACAGUAUGUAAGUGAACGUGAAAUCAAAUAGGAAUGAAUAUUGCUGGAAAGUGAGUAAAGUCAAAUUAUUAUGGCUACUAUUGAACAAGAAAGACAGAGAAGUUGAUAUUGCUCAAUGAGGGUCCAUGAAAGUCAGAAAAUGAUACGAGAAGUUAAGUUUAUGAAGAUUAUUAGUGUUACAGCUUGCUUACAAUAAUCACUCAUUGUGAUCAGUGAAUAUGCAUCCCCUUGUGAAAAAGAAGUACAUUUAAGCAUAUUUUGGUAACACUUUUUUU